CGCUAGAAACAAGUAAAAAACAAAACUAGAAAAGAAUGGACCAGUCGUGUUUGGCAGUGCCCGGUGUCAUUGCGGCGUUGCGCGGUUUCAUUGCAGCAACUUCGAUAGCGCCUGAUUCCAUCCAAAUUCCAAACUCAACACCACCACCACCACAUUCGUUCUUUCCUUUUCCUUAAAAAAUUACCUAUAGAUACAGCGAAUUUAGGUUUCAGAGAAGCGGAAAUGGUUUCGGUGGCGCAGGAAGCUCAGCGUGCGCUUAAUAUCCAGCCUCCAAAGAUUAAACUGAAGGCUCGACGAUUGAAAGGUCACAAAGACAGCACUAACUGCUGCAUUGCCUCUUCUCAAAACCCUCGUCUUAUUGUCACUUCCGGCGAGGAUGGUCGUGUUUGCUGGUUUGAUUUACGAUGCAAUGAUGAACCGCGGCUCACUAUGGAUGUUAGUGACGAGUCAAUUCUUUCCUUGUGUUUCAAGUCAGGGAAUGAAGAUAAUAUCUAUGUCUCAUCAGGAAAGGAAAUCAAGUGUUUUGAUGUGCGCCUGGCCGCCGCCAAAUGGGAGCCACUGGAGAAUUACAAUUAUAACAAAGAGGAGAUAAACAAGGUUACAUGCAACUCAAGAUCCUCAUUUCUUGCUGCAGCAGAUGAUAGUGGCGAGGUGAAGAUAAUUGACAUAAAGCAGCAUUGCCUUUACAAAACAUUGAGGGCCGAAACUGGUCAUACAAGUAUAUGUAGCACUGUGGAAUUCCUUCCUUGGCGAUCUUGGGAAGUAAUUAGUGGUGGUCUCGAUUCAACUCUUGUGCUGUGGGAAUUCUCCAAAGCUCGCCCCUACAAAGUAGUCAAUUUCGGUACUGUAAGUAAUAGCGGCGCGGGGCAGUGUUUCAACCCUUCCUUGAUUCAUGCAAUAGCUGUCCCAGAAAUUGACAUGGUAGAUAAAUUAGGCAGGGUAUGUGCUGUUGCAGGUGGUGGAGUUAUUAAUGUGAUUGACAUUGAAUCAGAAAUCGCUGCUGUAAGAUCAAAAACCUCUUCGAAUACACGAAAAGGAUCACAAUCAAGAUUAAAAGACGGUAGUUCGACUAGCAAUACAAAUGCGGAUCGUAAUGUAAAAAAGAGGCUGCAUUUUGAUUACAGUAUGGGUGGCCAUACUUCAGCUGUUUCUAGCCUGGCAUUUUCGUUGUUUGGGGAAAGAGGGAAAUUCUUAAUAUCUGGUGGAAAUGAUAAGUUGGUGAAAGUGUGGAACUGGUCCAGUUAUAUUGAUGCUGGGUCAAGUGAUAGCAACAAUGAUAUCCUACAUUUGAACAUUGGUGUACCUCAGAAGGUCAAUUGGCUAUGUACCACUUCAGCUGAUACAGACAACCUUGUUGUGUGCGACACGUCUAAAACCGUAAAGGUCUAUUCUAUAACAUAGUUUCAAGCCGAGUAUUCCUGGAGAGCAAUCAAAACGAUUUAUGUUAUAUGAGAUCAUUCUCCAUGACAGGAAAAACUUAAGCACACAGGAUUUUAGUAUAGAUAUACACACUUUUUUAGGCUUUCUGUGCGUUAUAAUGCACCAUGAAAUAAUUUUAAUGUAAUAUGUAGUUCUUUCAUGAAUCUUAAUUGAUGUUUUUAAAAAAGAUAUUUUGGUAGAUUAACUAAUUGACCUGUGUUCUUUA